AUGCCAUUUGGCUGUUUGACGCUCGGGGAAAAGAAGGAUUACAACAAUCCCUCAGAGGUGACAGAUAAAUAUGACCUGGGACAGAUUGUUAAAUCAGAGGAGUUCUGUGAGAUCUUCAGGGCCAAGGACAAAAAUACACUGAAAAUGUUUACUUGUAAAAAGUUCCUGAAAAAGGAUGGAAGGAAAGUUCGGAAGGCUGCAAAAAACGAGAUCCUUAUUUUAAAGAUGGUGAAGCACCCAAAUAUUCUUCAGCUGGUGGAUUUCUAUGAGACCAGAAAAGAGUACUUCCUCUUCCUUGAACUUGCUACUGGCAGAGAGGUAUUUGAUUGGAUCCUGGACCAGGGCUACUAUUCAGAGCGCGACACCAGUAAUGUGGUCCGGCAGGUGUUGGAGGCCGUGGCCUAUCUUCACUCCCUGCACAUUGUCCACAGGAACCUCAAGCUGGAGAAUUUGGUGUACUUCAACCGCCUGAAGCACUCCAAAAUAGUGAUCAGUGACUUCCACCUGGCAAAGCUGGAGACCGGGCUCAUCAAAGACCCCUGUGGAACCCCAGAGUACCUUGCACCAGAAGUGGUUGGGAGACAGAGAUACGGCAGGCCAGUGGACUGCUGGGCCCUGGGUGUCAUCAUGUACAUACUGCUUUCAGGCAACCCUCCUUUCUAUGAGGAAACUGAUGAUGAUGAUUAUGAAAACCACGACAAGAACCUGUUCAGGAAGAUCUUGGCGGGGGACUAUGAGUUUGACUCUCCGUACUGGGACGACAUCUCAGAGUCAGCAAAAGGCCUGGUCGCCCGUAUGAUGGAGGUAGACCAGGAUCAGAGGCUGACUGCUCAGGAGGCCAUCAACCAUGAGUGGAUUUCUGGAAAUGCAGCCUCAAAUAAGAAUAUUAAGGAUAAUGUCUGUGCACAGAUAGAGAAGAACUUUGCCAAAGCUAAGUGGAAGAAAGCGGUGCGGGUUACUACCAUCAUGAAGCGACUGAGAGCUCCAGAACAGAGUGCUGACGCGGGGGCAACCAUCCCAGCAGUAGUAACCAGCUCUGCAGCAGGAGAACCCGCCCCGGCUGCUGCAGCCCCUGAGGGGGAGCCUGCUGCUGUCACAGAGCCCCCUGCUGGCAUGGAGGCCAUGACGUGUGAUGCCACUCCCCAAGGUGCAGCAGAGGUCACAGCUCCACCCCCGGCCCCUGAGGAGGCCAGCCCAGUGGAGGCCCCAGUUGAAGCCCCGGAGGAGGUUGAUCCGUUGUCACGGUGUAACGGAGAGUCCCCGACUCCCCUCCAACCAGCAACUGAAGUUGACGAUGAGCAGGGUUAG